AUGGCAAUUAUUGGCUUCCUUUCAGUCUUUGCCAGCAGUACUUCUGAUCCUAACUUACCAGCCCAGCACAAUCACAAGUGUCUUAGAAGAUGUGGAGAAAUUAUUCUUCGAUUAAAUAACGAAAGCAGAGGCGAGAGGAGGGUUCUCCUCGAGGAGACUCGAGACGCUGCCGUGCCCCCGGGGAGAGGCUGCAGGUGCCCCGGCCAGGGGCCGCCCGACUCCCGCUACCCCGCUGCCCGUCCCGCCCGCAGCCAACCGGGGCCCCCCGACGGGCGGUGCCGCCCGGUCCCGUCCCCGCCCCGGAGGGAGCGCGGCCGCCCCGCGGUGCCGGACGUGUGCGGGAGCGCGGCCGAGCCGCCGCCGACCCCCGCCCGCCGGCCGGAGAGAGCCGCGUCCCGCCGGGAGCGGGCAGGGAGGGGAGCGGGGAAGGAGGCAGCGAGGGAAGGAGGCAGCGAGGGAAGGAGGCAGCGAGGGAAGGAGGCAGCGAGGGAAGGAGGCAGCCUGGCGGCGGCGGGCGCCCCGCCGGGUCGCGCCCUGAGUCCCCGCCGAGCUCCCUCGGGGAAGGCGCCCGGCUGCCCUCCCGCUCCGCCGCUGCCCCGGCGGUCGCCGGGCGGUUCUUGCCGGCGCCGGGGCCCCGUCCCUGAAGCCGCCUCCGCGCCGUGCCCCGUCCCGUUCCCCGGCCCGUCCCUCAGGCUACGGCGCUGGCCCGGGAGGAGCCGCAGCCCUGCCGCCGCUCGGGCAAUGAAUGGAAGCGCGAUCAGCGGUCCCUUCCUCCUUCCCGUCCUCCCAACCCCGCACAACUUCGGCGGUGCCGCUGCCUCACCUCUGCCGGGCAGAGGCGGCUCCUCCGCGCUGGGGCUCCGCUCUCGCCGCCGCCUCCGGCCCGCGCCCCGCCGGGCUCUCCCUCCUCCGCGCCCGCCGCGACCAUGCACCGAGGGAGGAGGAAUGGGAUCCCGGCGAGGGCCGACCCGGCCGCCCCCAGCCGGAGGGAGGGAGCCGCGGCGAGGGGCGGGGAGGGACGGGACGCGGGCGCCCUGCCCUGCCCAGGACCGGCCCCCUCACACUGACGUGCCCCGCUCCCGCAGCGCCCAGAGCGGGAGCGCCCAGAGCGCGGCCGGGCGCAGAGGCAGCGAGGGCGGGCGUGCCCCGGGCGCUAUCGCAGCCGGGUAA